UAUUGGGGACGCCAACUUUUAUGUCGGUAUUGAACAUCGAAUGACUUUGAUAUUUACCAACCGAGUGAUUUGGUUAUACGUGUUUCUGAAACGUCAAUUUACUACAAUUUUAGUCAAUGUAAAAUCGUCGUUCAGUUGUGUUAACGCAACGUGCAUAUCAUCGAAAAUAUCGUGGCAAAUAGGCACCGUCUGACAACACUAUCUGUCAUUGGGUUUCGAAUUUUCUUGUGUACGGGACAGUGGGAGAUCGUCAACAUACCGUUCAUCAACGACCAAGACGUUACAAUGAAUUGGUUGAAGCGGUCAGAGACAGGCUUGCCCAGAACCCAAAA